AUGGAGGGAGGCUGGGGGCUCAGCCUAGGCGGCGAAACCGCGCCGAGAGGCGACGGUGAUGGUGGUUUGAGGCGGCAGAAACAGGCGAGGGAAGGGGGAGAGGGGCGCGAACAGGGGAGAAAUCAGGGGAGGAGAGGGGUGAUGGUGACCGGAGGUUUGGGCGGAGGUUCUGGGCGGACUGGGAGGCGGCGCAACAGGGAAGCGCCGGAGAGACGGUGGUGGUGGUGGUGUGGUUUCGCGGCGGCGAAACGGCAAGGAAGGGGGGAAUGGUCGCGCGAACAGGGGAAAGCAGAGGGGUGGUUUCCGGUCAAGUCUGGGCGGCAAGCAGCCCUUCACCGGGGUCUUUUCGAGGGCGGGGAUUUACUAGGGGGUUGUGCGGUGGCUGGAGAGUGGCGGUGUGAUUGUGGUGGCUGCGGGAGGGGAACGAAAAGAGGGAGGCAGGGGAAGGGAGUUGCGAAGCAGGGGAGAAGCAAGGGUGGUGUUUCUCGGUUGGUUCUGGGCGGUGGACAAGACGACUAG